AACCCACAAACAUGAAACUGUUAGUAGCAGUAGCAUUCCUGUGCCUAGCUUCGGCUUACUGCUGGGAGUUAGAUGAGGAGAAGGAUCUUGUGGCAGCAGCCAGUGGAAAGGGUGGGAAGGGCAGUCACCAUGAAGAAGGAGGCGGCCAUCACCACCAUGCCGAGCAUCACCAUGACCAUGGACACAAGGGACACAAAGGACACCAUGGACACCACCACCACCAUAAGGGCGAUCAUGGUCACCAUGGACAUCACCACAAAGGAGAACACCAUCACGAACAUGGCGGUCACCACAAGAAGCACUGGGAUGAGCACGACCACCAUGGCGACCACCAUGAACAUGGACACCACCACAAGGGCGGCAAACACGGCCAUCAUGAACACCACGAUAAGGGAGAACACGUUGAUGGUUACCACAAGAAAUACCAUAAGGACAGCUUCCACAAGGACCAUCACUUCUAUGACGGCGACCACAAGGAAGGCAAGCACCAUAAGCAUGGCCAUCACCAUGGACACCACGAAGAUAAGGGAGGACACCACAAGAAGGGCGGUCACCACGAACAUGGACACCAUGAGCAUCAUCACGGGCAUCACGGACACCAUGACAAGCACCAUCACGGUCAUGACGAUAAGGGACAUCAUGGCCAUCACGGUCACGAUGAACAUCAUCAUCAUCACCACGACCAUGGCAAGAAGGGAGGUCAUGGAGACCACAAGGACUGGGGCUUCCACCAUGGUAAACACUAAAGCGCUGAACAUAGACUGUGAUAUUAUUUUAUAUUUUUGUUACGAGUUUUUGUUAGUUUUUUAUAAAUUAUUGUAUAAGCUUCGUUACAAAAAUGUGUUAAUAAAGUUGUUAUAAUAUUUG